CAUAUUCGACAAGAGACAACGGAAAAUGGAAUAAAAAUGUCUGACAAGAUGUCGAAUUACAAUAAUAUAUUGGAGGCACUGCAGAGUUUAAGCCUCGAUAACGAAACACAGCUUGCCGACACCAAAAAUGGCUCGAACACGCCACCAGUGCCAAACGACACUCACGACGAUCUUCCGUGCAGAAUGCCCCAAACAGCAGGUGAAAUGGACAACAGUGACGACACGGAUAUGAACUCGGACGUGAUUGUUGUUGAUUCCUCAAGUGCCUCGUCAGAUGUGAGCAUAUUUUGGUCAUCAGAUACUAGCACAUCAUCAAACGAAUCAGUAUUAAAGGUAGAUCAGUGGGAAUAUUCGGAGACAGAAACCAUACCAGAAACCGAAAGUGACAGCAAUGUCAAUGGCACUAAAGAGUCUUGCAUUAUGGAUAAUAUUGUAAGCACGCCCAUUAAGCGCAAGCACGACGACUACCUCAUCAAGAAGGAGAGUAAAUCUGGACCAUUGAAUGCACCUAAUCUGGGCGCAGAUGUGAAUGCAUCGCCCGUGCUGAAACGCAAUGUGACGACAACGCGCAGCGGACGAGCUGUCCGCGCAAGGAUUGAUAACAAGUUUGAUUAUUCUUCGGAGCCGCAGGAUGUGGAUUCAGAUGAUUCCGAUGACCCUGACUUUGGCGAUAACGAGCUCGAGGAUGACGACGACGAUGACGAAGAAUAUGUUCAAGAUAAUCACAGUGAGCCAACGCGCAAACAACGACGCAUUUCCAUGCGCAACAGCUGCUGCAGCAGCGAUGCCAGCUCAUUGCUUGAAUCGGAUGCGUUCAUCUAUUUGGAUCUGAGUCGACCAGUUGCCAUUGUUACCAGCGAGCCAACGACUGACGAGACAGUCGAGUUCGAUAGUGAGCUGAAGAUACGUCUGCAAAAGUUUUUGGGCCUUGUUGCCCGGCAGCGCCGUCUCUACAAUCCCAUGGCUAACUUUGAGUACGAGGACAACCAUAUGGAUGAGGAUGAGCCUCCGUCGCUGUUGCACAGUCGCUUAUGGACAUCCAAUGCCAACGUGCAGCCCCAAAGUACGCCCACAGUGCCGGAUAAACGCAAUCCGGAGCCAUCUCGUAUAAGAGCCCUCGGCUCUAACUUAACCAAUGAAAUGAAGAUGCUUCUCAUGGACGACAUGGUGCAGCGCGCCAAUGCCAACUAUUUUGAGAGCCAAACGCCCGACCAUAUCAAGGAGCCCAUCGACUUGAGCGGCUUACCCAGCGAGGAGCAGCGUGCGCUCACCUGUCAACAGCACAAGAAGAUUGCCAGUAUGAUCGGGCCCCAUGCAGCCCUGUAUAACUUUGUGGAUUCGCUGCGAUCGACCACGCCUUUGAAUAUGUGUCAUCCGCUCGCUGUGAACUAUCGAAAGCGGGACUUUGGUGCGUGCAAGGAGCAUCUGGCUAAGACCCUAUUCCAUAUACUCAACCACCAAAUCUUCCACUGUGGUCUGCGCCCCGAAAUUGUGUGGAAGAGCUGCAUGAAUUCACUCAGCAGCAUCGAGCAUCGCAUCGAAUCUGGCGGGCAGCGCAGAUCGCGCAUUAUCCUAUGGCAGAAUAUCAAGCACCCCGGAAUGGUGGUGAAGGAGCUGCUCCACGAGAUGUGCCAUGCGGCUGCCUUUCAGUACCACGGCGAGACGGGGCAUGGCGACAACUGUCGCAAAUGGGCUUAUCGCGCCAAAUCGAUGAUGCCCGAGCUGCCGGAAAUAGUGGAUUGCAAUGCCAGCUACAAGUACACCUGUCUUCUGUGCCGUGCCCGCUCCUUCGGGCGCAUCAAGUUCGAGGACGAGGCGUCGCGGCUGCGUUGCUUCUACUGCCAGUUCGAGGUUAACGUAGAGUCCUGCACCGACGACGUCUACAACCUGUCCUUCACCGAUCAGCUGGUAACGCCUUACAAGGAGUUCGUGCGCGCCAACUAUGGCAAGUGCCAGCAGAGCGGCCACAGCGCCAAAAUGCGAGCACUCAACGUCCUAUAUAGGGAGCACCAGCAGCAGCUAUCUUCUAAUUGAACCCAAAACAAAGAGCUUUAAAAUUGUUUU